GAAUAAAAUGUCAACUAAAGACUCAAAAGUACAUUAAAAUUAAAUUUUUGUUGAUGUUAGUGGAGUUGAUUUUAAAAUUUUGCAAAUUACUUGUGGAUACGUUUUGCAAUGCAGCGAGAUUCGGUAAACUCCAACAUAAGAAACGGCAAUAGCAUAGUGCUGUGAAUCUAGGUGAAAAUUAACUAAUAUCAGCCAUUCUAUGUAAUCAAACGAUCGACCUUGAGAACAGUGCGUGCUUUUACCCAGCAUUCGCUUGGGAAACAUGGAGGAAUCUCAUCGCAAUAUAAUGGAUCAUUUGGAUCUUGGCACAGGUAGCCACCAUUUGCAAGAGGAUUUAUCAAAAGGGGUACUGCGAACGAUUCACAACGUUGAAAACGGCACCCUUCACUUUAUUACGAUUCCUCCGGCAACAAACGCUCGAGAGCAAGAAUACAUCGAAAGCUCACUGUUGGGAGCGGAUCUGCUUUCUAGCCACUUACCAAAUGGAUUACUAGUGGAUUAUAUUGGCACUCCGGGACCGACCACUCCAAGCAAUCAAUUUCAUCCACAAUCAACGGGCUUGCUCGACCAUCAUGGCAGUAGUGGAGGCGGCAUUCAGACUUAUACGGCAGAAGAUCUGCAGACGCUUGUCGAUGCUAGUUCGUUGCAGACUUCAGAUAAUGAUCGUAAAAUGUUUCUACAGUUUGUAAAUAAACCUGCCACUCAAAUGUCGCAUGAAGCACCGGUUAUUGUAACAAAUGCUAAGGACAUUACUUCUGUCAAUUCGAUCAGCGAUCACGACAAGCUCGCUCAACCAACCCACCAGCAGAUGACGAGCGUAAAUCACCUGCCUGUGGCUACAUCUACCAGUAAUUUUCUCCAUUAUCAUAAUCAGGACCAUCUUUUGAACACAGCACAUACGAGCGUGAACAAUAUGGUGCAAACUGGGAACAUUUUGACUACCUUAACUUCCCACAACACACCCCAUCAUCAUCAGCAUCAUCACCACCACCAUCCCCAUCAUCAACAAACACAAACGGCAUCCCACCAGAUCAUCCAGAACGCUGCCCAACAGCAUCAGCAGAACCAGUCGCAUCUGUCCUCUCUUCAUUCUAUGCUUCAAGGAGACUGCUCGCCCUCGAAAUUGUUUCAUGUUGCUUCGUCGGUUGCGAGUACGAGUAUUGCAAUCAGUACCGCUACAAGUCAGAAUGUAAGUUACAUAUUAACAGUUUUUAAUAUUCAAGAAGGUAAUCUAAUUUUUAUCCCGCAGUGCAUUCAAAUGCCGCCACUUGCCCCACUUAAAUGUAUUGAAUCUCCCAAACGGUAUCUCAGCUAUCAGAUAACUCAAUCACAAACUCCAGUGAUUGAGCGAGACCCCACCAAUGCAGUUGGUGGGGACAAUUUUCUGUCACGAGAUGACCUCAUAGAAUGCAGUGAGCCUCGGUCGGAGGAUGAAGAAGACGUCGAAGCAAACACUGGUCUGACCUCCAGCAAUCAUUUCACCAACACUUAUUUGCCCCACAAAAAACGGCUGUCUAAAAAGUUAGGCGACUCCAAAAACCAAUCAGAACAGUUUAACCGAAAUUCGGUCAUCUCCAACGAUCACCAGUCGGAUCAAAUUAAAAAGCUUCAACAACAGAGCAAAAAUAGCAUAAAAGAAAAUACUAAAUCCUUUGCAUGCCAGCUGUGUGGUGAAUCUUUUGAAGAUCAGCUCAUGUUUUUCACUCAUCUGAAAGGCCACUACGAACCGGUCGUGGGAACUUCUAACGAUGACGGUAAGAUUGGUGAUCCGAAAAAGAAACCCAAAUUGCCACGGGUAAAACAUACUAAAAAACUGAAGAAUGACAAAUCGUCUCGGAUACAGUCGGAAGAUAGUUCGACAUGCACGAAUCAGCCCAAUUUGAGCCUGGAUGCACAUCAUGUUUCACAAGACUUCAGUCAAGAAACGGAAAGUUGUGGCUAUCAGCAAAAUAAUCACCACCACGGAGCCGAUGUCAUUGUGAGCCCUUCGCAUCAACCAGCGUGCACCGAAUCGGAUAACGCCGGCGAGUUCAGCGAAACCGAGGAUAUGCUGGAAGGAAUCAGAAAUGUGGUACAAAAAGUGCAGGAAGCUGUCGACACCGAUACAAACGAUGGAUUGGUUGGAACGGUUGAAAGGCAGGUUAUUAGUAACGAUGAAAAGGCAUGGUAUCAAACGCAGCAUCAGCAUAUGUCAUCUAAUCAGACAGAUAUCGUCAAGGGGAUUGAUUUUAGUGAUGAGUUGGACACCCAGGAGAUUCACAUCAAUGCCGGAAGUGACAACUUUGUACUGUUUCUGAAUAAGGCGGACUUCCAUGAGCACGAUAUGCUUAAUCAUCGUGGUCAAGCUGCGCAGCAACCGUCACAUCAAUCGGGUCAACUUACGUCAAGUCAUAAUCCAUCUACGUCCUACAUUUUAGAUGCCGACAAUCAACUGCAGCAUCCGACGAUUGGCGAGUGUGAUAUACAGAAUAUACAGAUUCUGGACCUUGGUUCCGCUAGUAUCGAGAACCACGAUAUUGCCAAACUGGUAGACUUCAACCUCUCGGUAACAACAGCUCCCUUGCGAGAGCUUAGGGGAGCAAAACUGCUGAAAGACGAAAAUAAAUCCAACGCCGAAAACAACACUGAAGUCAACGAUGAUGAUGGUUUUUACGUGUUCGACGAAGGUGGUGACUCUGAAGAUUCAGAUGUCGAGGCUAAUGCAGGUAGCGAGGAAGAACAGACUGUCACUACGAACGAAGAGUACGCAGAAAAUGUGCACACGCAUCCGAAGGAGCAAUCAAUUUCGUCUGCUCCACCAUGUAAGAAGAAAGGUCGCAAAAAGUUGGGAGGCGAUUUAGAGAAUGAAACAGGCGAGCAGGCAGCGUUGAAGAAGCCUGGUAAAAAAUACCCCUGUGACGAGCCAGACUGUGAUAAGGUGUUCAACUCGAAAACAGCCGUUCGCUACCAUGAACUGCAGCACAAGAAUGAACGACCCUAUAAUUGUGUGCAGUGUCCGAAAAAUUUCUUCACCUCCAGUGCGUUGAAAGUUCACGAACGGUUACAUUCGGGCGAAAAACCUUACAAAUGCGAGGAAUGCGGAAGAGCGUUUCGCCAGUGGGGUGAUAUGAAAUAUCAUCAAUCGUCCAUUCAUUCGAACGAAAAAACCCAUCAGUGCGAAUUCUGUGGCAAGAAAUUUGCACGUCGCUAUUCACUGGUCCUGCACCGAAAGAUCCAUUUGAAUGAGAAGAACCACGUGUGUGACAUAUGCAACAAAGCAUUCAGAGCAAGCUCAUACCUUCAGUCUCACCGAAUGAUACAUACGGGAGAAAAACCGUACUCAUGCGCUAUAUGUUCAAAAAAGUUCCGCUGCGGCGGCGACAUGAAGCGGCAUCUCAAGACCCAUGACCGUAGUAAAGCUGUGACUAGCAGCAAAUCUAUUGUAGUACUAGAGGACGAUUCGCAUGGCAAAUCCUCUUCUUCAAGAACCUCUACCACCGUGACCAGAAGUUCCACAACCGAUGUGAUUGAUCUGACAAAAAUCAAGUCCGAAGGCUGCGCUAAAGUGAGCUCAAUUCAGGCACCUCCGGUAGUAACUGUACUGUCGAAGGAUAUCAGUCACGUCGGUAAGAUUGCAAAUUCCAACGGUCAACAACUGGUUUACCUUACGCAGGCCGCGGGAGGCCAGUUCCGGAAGCCGGAAGAAACUGUCCUGAUGGACGUCGCGAGAUGGUAGAGGAAAACCACACUCGUGGGCUAAGUAAGUGAUGCAAUUGUGUAGCAUAAGUAUUUUUUUACUGUCUGACAUGGUUCAAUUAGUUGUAUUUUAAAUUAUGAUAAGGAGAAAUAUUCUUUUUUGAAUAAACUGGCAUACGGUACACGAUUA